ACCCAACCCACUCCAUGUCUGCGUCGUCUUCGUCUGCACUGGGAAGAAAAACGACCUUGUACGAACCGAACUGUCUGUGUGGUGUGAAAGCUCGGUUGUGUACAACCCGGGAAAGCGGACGCCAGUUUUAUGGAUGCCAAAGAUGGAAGGAUGGGUUAGGGUGUGGAUAUUUUGUAUGGAAAGAGGACGUAGCUGGUUUCCAUGAAGACAAUGGAUCAUACAUGGGUGUUACUGGCAGAUUGGAAGCCUCAAUUCAAGAGCUGAACAGGGUUAUGGUUGUUAUGCAACAGGAUAUACAGAGCAUCAAAAUGGUUCUUGAAAGUGAAGCUAAAGAGAAGAUAUUCUGGAAGAGAAUGUGGCAAGGACUUGUGAUAUUUGUGGUUGUAGCUGUUCUUGUUAAGAAAUUGUAAAAGUUUGGAUUUGUCUGCUAAGUAUGGUCCUGUUCUUCUUAAUGUCAGAAUAGUCAAUGUAGUUUCUAGCUAUUGUUAGAUUUAGUUUUGUGUUCUGGUUCAAUGACAGUUAAUUAUU